AUGUUGCCAUCGCCAUCUUCAUCGACGUCGAAAGAUCGACAAUCCCGUAUUCCAGUGUCGUUUGAUCGUUUUCGAGUGAAAUCAAUCGAGUUUCUUUCACCAUUUCGUCAUCAUCCUACCGAACGAAAUGUAAGGCAGAGCCCAGAACGAGCACGAACACUUAAGACUCAAGUACAUCCUCAAAACAACACUCACUCCGAGUCGAAGCAACACGACUAUACUUUUACAAAUCUGUUUAAUAUCAAUCGACAACCUAUUCUCGAAAGGUCAGCGGCAUCAAAUAGUUUACAACGAAAAAAACCAACCAGUAUCUUCUACAAUUCCCGUUCAAUAUCAAGUCUUUUCAAAUAUGGAGAAUCUCGUCAAUCAUGCGAUGCACGAAUACUGACAACUGAAGUGGAGGAAUACGUACACUCACCAACACCGUAUAUGACACGUUAUCGAAAUGUCUCCCUACCAACGAUGCAACCAGUGCAUGUCAAACAACAUCCAAACUCGAUUGGUAUUUCAAUCGAACAAUGUGAAUCAGUAACACGCAAAACCCUCAAUGCGAACAAAUCGCUACGUGCAACGUUCAUUGAGAACGAGAAUCUCGAAGUGUUUAGUCUUAUCUGGCUCGAUAAUGUCGACAAGAAAUCUCAAAAGAGCAAUUCGAUUCAACGACGACUUCGCGCAACGAUAAAUUAUUUAAAAGUAUUCAUCAACGAAACUGAAUGUGAACGAUAUAUCAAACAAAUGCCUCAAGAUGAAAACAUCGUCUUGGUUAUCAACGAUCAAAUUGGACAAAUGUUCAUUUCAAACAUCCAUGAUCUACCACAACUAUUUUCCAUAUAUAUCUAUUCUCCUAGCAAAAAUAUCGAUCAAUCUUGGAUAAACCAAUUUAACAAGAUUAAAUCCAUCUGUGUUGAUUACAAUGAACUAACAAAUCAAAUAAAAGUUGAUCAGAGAAGAUACAUGCUUAGCAAGGACGAACUUUUGUUUGAUAUUUUUCAUAUUAAUCAACCAAGCAAUGGAAAUAAAAGAUUUCUAUACUCACAAAUUCUAAUCGACGUUUUGCUUGAAACGGAUCCAGCAUCAAAUGACGCUGCUGAUUUGUUAUCGCUGUGUCGACAACAAUACAAGGGCAACAAAGUUGAAUUAGAUCUCCUUCGUAAAUUUGACGAAAGUUAUUCAUCAGAGAAUGCGAUUUCGUGGUUAAUCCAGGACACAUUCAUCUCGCAGAUAUUCAACAAAGCUUUGCGAAGGGAAAAUCUCGAUUUGAUGUUUCUCUUUCGAUUUUUUCUACAAGAUAUUCACCAAGAAUUGACGCAAAGUCAACAUGUAUAUUCAAUCAAAGUUUAUAGACAUCAACAAAUAAGUGAUACUCAAUUGGAACUUUUGAAAAACUCGGUCGGACAGUUUAUAUCGAUAAACAAUUUCCUCGUUGCAAAUAUGGAUCGACAAUCGGCACUUUCCUUCGAAAAGGUUUCGGUAACAACGAACAGCAUUCAUUCGAUACUAUUUGAAAUCACUGCCAAUCCUCACCUGAAUAAAUCUAAACCAUUCGCUGUUAUUGACAAACAAGAUGACGCUCAUCAAGACUCGAAUGAAGUGUUAUUUAUGCUGGGAUCUAUAUUUCAACUGAACAGCAUUCGUCAAGAUGAAAACAAUACCUGGAUUAUCGAAAUGACAUUAUCGGAUAAAACAAAUAAGUACCUUAAAUCUGUUUACAAUAAUUACAAGAAUGAAGAUGGCGAUAUCAAUCUUCUUUCACUCGGUUAUAUCUUGCAAGAAUUGAAUAAAUCGGAUGAAGCAGAGAAAUACUAUCGACGUUUGAUUACCGAAUUCUCUGACGACGAUGAACGCAUCGGGUAUUGUUGUUUGAACCUUGGCAAUAUAGCAUUCAUAAAGAAAAAUUAUGAAGCUAGUUAUGAACUGCUAUCAAAAGCACUUCAAAUAUCCAUUCAAACGCUGGAGCCCGAUGAUAUGUUCUUCGCACAGAUUUACAAUAGCAUCGGUCAUCUGCAUCAUGCUAAACAGGAGUCGAAGCUAGCUAUUGAAUCUUAUAAAAACGCCAUUUCGAUCUGGAAACAAUCCAUUGAUGAAAACUAUUUCAACAUCGCUGAAUGUAAGAAUAAUCUUGGCAUUAUCUAUAAAGAAGAACACGAUUAUGAAAAAGCAUUGGAAUGCUUUCAAAUGAUAUUAGUCAUUUUGGAGAAAUACUUGUCUCAUGACCAUCUCGAUCUGAGCAAAACCCACUGUAAUAUCGCAAGUAUAUAUCGACAACUCGAAGAAUAUGAAGCGGCUCUGCAACACUACAAUGCAGCGUUAGAUAUUUUACAGAAACAUUAUCCAACGAAGAGCUCAGAGCUCGCGAAAGUUAUGGGAAAUAUUGGUAUUAUAUUCGCCUUGAAAGAUGAUCGGCAAAAAGCAUUGUCAUAUUACGAAAAAACAGCCGAAGUUUAUCGAGAAAUAUUACCACCGACACAUAUUAACAAUAUCAAGAUCGAUCAACUGAUUCAGAACGCCUCGGUGUUGCCUCGUGAACUGUCUUUCGUAGUGGUCGAGCCCGGACAAUCAACAUGA